GGUAAAGGUCUCUUUGCUAAAAAGAGCAUAAAAAGGGGUGAAACCAUUUUCACAGAGCGGCCUCUUGUUUCUGCUCAGUUCCUGUGGAACGCUUUGUAUAAAUAUCAAGCCUGUGAGUACUGCCUGCGUGCUCUGGAGACYGCAGAAGAAAAUGCACGAAGACUCAGCGGCAACCCUGCACUCACCCUUCCUCAUCCUGAACUCUGCCGUGUUCGUCCGGAGCUGCACCAGGCCUGCCCUCAGUGUCAGGUGAAGUACUGCAGCAGUGAGUGUCGACAAGCUGCUGCGGAUCAGUACCAUCGGGUUCUGUGUCUGGGUCCGUCUCAGGAAGAUCCAGACCACCCYGUCAACAAGCUGAAGGAUGCGUGGAGGAGUAUGCAUUAUCCCCCGGAGACCUCCAGCAUCGUGCUCAUGGCCAAAAUGGUAGCUGUGGUCAAACAGGCCAAAGAUAAAGCACACUGGCAGAAGCUGUUUUCUCACUUCUGCAGCCGGACAGCGAACGAGGAGGAGGAGAUCGCCCAUAAGCUCCUGGGAGAACAGUUCAAGGGGCAGUUGGCCUUGUUACACAGUCUGUUUACAGCCGCACUUUAUGAUGAGCAUCUCAGUCGGUGGUUUGUGCCUGAGGGUUUCUGCUCUCUGUUUGCCUUGGUGGGAACAAACGGUCAGGGCAUCGGCACCAGUUCCUUGAGUCAGUGGGUUCACGCCUGCGACGCACUGGAGCUUCCCGCCCAGCAGAGGGAGCAGUUGGACUCUUUUAUCGACCAGCUGUACAAGGACAUCGAAAAAGAAACGGGAGACUUUCUGAACUGUGAGGGCUCUGGACUUUUUCUGCUCCAAAGCUCCUGUAACCACAGCUGCAUCCCGAACGCAGAGGCGUCUUUCCCCGACAACAAUUUCCUGCUUCACCUCGGUGCCCUGAGCGACAUCAGCCCAGGAGAGGAGAUCUGCAUCAGUUACUUGGAUUGCUGUCAGCGGGACCGAAGCAGACACAGCAGGCACAAAAUUCUGAGGGAGAACUACCUGUUUGGCUGCUCGUGUCCAAAGUGCGUGUCCCAGUUGGACGAGCCGGAUGUGACAUCUGAGGAGGAAGAGGAGGAAGAGGGCGAGGCAGAAGGGGAAACAGAGGGGGACGAGAUGGAAGAUGAGAUGACAGAUGUUUGAUGAAGGACUUUUAGAUGCAUUUCAGCGACUGCGAGGCCAAAAAAUAAUAAAGACGAGUUCAGACCGUCAUCUGCAUGUGACCGGAGCUGCUCCAAAGCGUAGAACUGUGCCCAUAUUUCACUCAGUUUCAAGACCGUCUGCUGUAUUUCAAAGCUAACUAAAAGAUUAAAACACCAACUCUACAGAGUUCCAACAUUUUUUUAGGAUUCGUGGGUGUUUUUAACUCAUAAGAAUUACAAAAACGGCUGAAAAAUUCACCCGUUGAACCUGCGUUCGUCGUUUUGUUUUCACAGCUAAGUCUUCAGCAGUUGUGUUGGCAAACACUCUCCUGGUAUAAAUCCAGCUCGCAGCCAACAAAAUCAGUAUUCAACCUGUGUUUCUGGCACUCAGCGGGUGUGCAGAGAAAUUUGUAAGGUUUUUUUUAUUAUGCUCGCCUCUUUCAUGUUUUACUCAAACUGUUUCUGCCACUUUUCAAGUACAAUCUGACUUUUAAAUCCAUCUUUCACCCUUUCUGAGAAAAAUGACUCGUUAUCAUAAUCACGCAGAUAAUUGGUUACGCGUUACCUUUGCCUGUUUGCUGAUUUUUGUUGGCUGCAGGAAUAAUUUGUAGCUUUAUAAACAGUUUAAAUGUUACAGGUGCUCAUUGCAAAGUAGAAAGAAACUUGAUAAAGUAAGAAACAAAAUAUAAAAAAUAUAUAUAAAAAAAUACAAAGCUUUUUUUUCUCGUUGAUGGUUAAUUUGUCUUUAAAUGAAAUAUUGUACGUAAAAUUGUUUACCUACAGAAAGAGCUGAAGUGACUGGAAUUAAGUUAGAAGUUAAAUUUGUUUACCUACACAGACUACUGACUCAGCGAUUCUUGAAGCCGGUGCUGCCGAGGCAAUAGAAAACAGAAUGGGUCCAGUUUCUGAGUUUUAAAGUGAUGUUAGCAUCAUCAUUGCUAACGCGGGCUAAUGUUCAAAGCAGCGACAAACUUUCUUCGCAGUGCUCGCUAUUCCAACUCUUGACUCGCCGCAGAGGCGUGUCUCUGAGUGAGAGGCUUUUUCACCUGAACCAGGAACUGUGACAUAAAUAUGUACCAAACCAUUUCUUGUUUUUAUCACUUCAGUAGAAAAAAUAACUUAAUAUUAGUUUCUUAAUUUCUUCAUCAUCAGUGAUUUUUUUUAGGUAAAUAGGAAAUAGGAAAAGAGGGAAAAACAAAGAGGAAAUGUAAUUAGAAAGAUUGACAUAAAUAUGUACCAAACCAUUUCAACCAAUAGGAAAAUUCACCUGCAGUAACCACUGUUCAGCCCUUAGAGGGCAGCACCGAGACAGUUUUAGACCAAAUAUUGCAGAAUUAAACAAAUUUACAUGAAAGUGUCAAAACGUGCACAGAAAUACAGAGAUAACACCCUUACAGCACGAUUUAGACAGUUUAUCCACCCCCCCCCCCCCAGUUGUUUUGGGGUUUAGUUUAAAGUUUGAACCRUUGUGCAGCUUAAAGCACUUUUUUAGCUUUUGUGAUGGAUCAACUUCUAAACAGAAAAAGGACAAACUUGUCCAGAACUGUUACGAUGCUCAAAUGCUUGGAAUAAUGCCUAAAAUAAUCCGGAGGUUCAAAAUAGAGGUAGGGUUAUACCGUUGUGCAAUAAUUUCACUAUAAUUAAAAUGUAUUAAUUACUAUAGUAGCUCACAAUAUCAUAUACAAUAUUGCCAGAGCAAAUACAGUGAUCAUAUUAACAGCAAUAUGACCAAUGGGGUUGGGUGAUUAACAUAUAAUCUGCAUACAAUUUAGAGGCAGACCAACAUAUAAUUCAUUAAAUGCUGAGUAUAAAACAUCCUUCUUGGCUGCACAUCAGAUUUGGUGUAAAGAAUAACUGGCUAAUGUACGUGUUUUUGAUUCAAUGGUGGUAAGUGUGUUUUUAUUUUGAUCUGUUUUUAAACAAUUACAUACAAUUAAAAUAGUCCAUAUACCUGUAUAUUUGUAAUAUUAAGUGGCCAAAAUAAUCUGCAGGUGGCAAAUAUGAUACGUGACCAAGAUCACUGUAAACCACAGCGACAUAUUUAGCACCUGUACCGUAAUACUAGUCCUCAGUGUGAUAAUCUGACGCUUUCAUUAUAUAUUCUAACUUAUUUUCAUGUGAAUAUUGUUGCACAUACAUACGGCAUAUUAAUCUCCAUGGUCCAUUUUCACACUUAUUCAUGUUGCACACCAGCACCGGAUGCUCCCUAACUGGACUGUGAUGCUCUGCGCUAGGCAAAGAUGGCGUUUAAGAACAUUUAAGAAGAUUUACACAUCACUGUAUCAUGAAAACUACGAGAGUAAACUCUUUCAAAAUGCRCUUCUUGGGAAAGUUCCGAUAUUUUAAUGUUUGCUUUCACACUUUGCAAUGAGUACCCUUUAAUAAUAAUAAUAAAAAAUGCCCAUUGUGACAGCUUUAGGAAUGCCUUAUGAAGCAGCAGCUUGUUUGCGUCACCAAAUGCUGUGAAACUGUAAUAGGACAUAAUAAUGCAAUUAAGGUGUAUAAAUGUCCACAUAGCUUAAAGAGAUUAUUUGUUACUCGGAAUUCGAGCAUAUUAGAAUUAGUUAUAAAAUAAUUGGUGUUCACGCCCCAGUGUUUUAGUCAGAAUGAGAUUAUUGUAAUUAAUAUGGAAAUUUUUCUCUGCAUGUAUCCAGAGUCAUUACGAGAGCAACAUUCAGACCUGCAAUGCAGAAACAGGGAUGGGAAUAAAACCACGKACCUGUUUGAAUACACGAGAAUUCGAGAAGAGGGUCUCCAUUAAGCAGUUCAGGAAAACCCAGAUCAGUUGUAUGAUAAUUGUGACAGACCUGUUGUGAAGCAAGUAUAACUCGUCACUGCAAUUACAUUUAAAUGAAAUGGCUUUAAARCGAAGACCAAGCGAUUAAUCAUCAGAGAGUGCCAGAACAAAUCUGCCACGAUGCUGACUCCACUGUUAGACUCCACCGUUUGACUCCCAGCUUCACCCAUCAAACAGAUUUUCAUUUUUUUCUGAGUUAACUCAUCGAGAAGGCAAAGUAAAUAAUCCAAGACAGUUUAAUUCUCUGCUGUUUUUACUCAUUUUUUUUCCUUUGGACUAUGCAUGCUGUGCAGUUGAGGCUUUUAUUUCAUCAUAAUUCCGUUAUAAUUACAAGGCUGUCAUUGGGAAGGCAUUCAGCCUGUGAAAUACCAUUUGGACUUCAUACAAUGAUCUAUGGGUUUGACUUAACCCUCAUGUAAUGUAUUAUGGAGACCUUGAGUGGAAAAUUGCUUUGUCAGUUACUGUUUGCCCUUUAUUGAGAACUGUAUUUUAUACCAUGGUUCCACAUGAACGAAAUGGCUGCUGUUGCCUCGCAUGAAUCAAUAUGGGAACAACGGUCUGCAAUCACAAAUCCCAACAUUUUCACUUAAAUAUCAGAAAUAAUAAAUAAAUAAUUCCAGCUUUCUUGCUAUGUAUUCAGCACCGUAUGACUGGAAAAAAAAAACACGUGUAAAAUUGAAAUGCAACAGCAGCAAACGAGAGAGAUUGUCAUUUUUAUGACUCUUUCAUAAACCAUUUAAAUUGGAUGUCUGAGUCAUUUAUCUGGUUUACACAGCUCCUGGACUGUACUAAUAUUUGUUCACUCCUUGCAUAUUAAAUACCAAGGCUUAACAAAAUGAGCUUUCUCAAGGGGGGGAUUGGUCUUGUUGUCUAAGGCAACUUGGUGUCAAAAUAGAGCUCUGUUAAAUAAUAAUAAUAAUUAAAAAAAAGACUGUUUUCUGUGAAAUCGCUUCUUAUUUUGAUUCCAGUAGCAUUAAAAAAUGUUAUUUAUUGUCACCCA